AUGAUCGCGGCGGCGUUCCUGGUGCUGCUGCGCCCCUACAGCGUCCAGUGCGCCCUCUUCCUGCUCCUGCUGCUCCUGGGCACCGUGGCCACCAUCCUCUUCUUCUGCUCCUGGCACCGCGGCAUCCACAAGGCGGCCAGGAACAGGCGCUCCGCCAUCAAGGCCGCCGCAGCCGCAGCCGCCGCCGCCUUCCCCGGGAGGUCCAGGAGCAGAGAUGCUGUAAUGAGAACCCAUCACUUUCGUUCUGAGGGAUUUAGACCAAGUCCACGCCAUAUUAGAAGACGAGUAAUACCUCGUCUGGAAGAAACACAGCCCUUAGUAGAAGCACGUCAGCUGAGUGAGCAAGAAACAUCUGUUAAGAAAAGAAAAGUCAAGAAAGCCAGCAGAGUCCAGCCAGAAUUCUACCAUUCUGUUCAAGUCACACCUACUCGAAAGCCAAGUUCGGGGAACACUUCCUACAGAUGUUCCAUGUCAUCCUCUGUGGAUUUCUCAGACGACGAUGAGGAUUUCAGCCAGAAAUCUGGUUCCUUGUCUCCGGCUCCUGGAGACACCCUGCCUUGGAACCUUCCUAAACAUGAGCGAUCCAAGAGGAAGAUUCAGGGAGGAUCAAUAUUGGAUCCAGCCGAGAGAGCUGUACUCAGGAUAGCCGAUGAACGGGACAAAGUACAAAAGAAAACAUUCACAAAAUGGAUAAACCAGCACCUUAUGAAGGUUCGCAAGCAUGUGAAUGACCUGUAUGAAGACCUGAGAGAUGGACAUAACUUGAUUUCUCUUUUAGAAGUUCUUUCAGGAGAUACCUUGCCCAGAGAGAAAGGCCGGAUGCGUUUUCACAGACUACAGAAUGUACAAAUUGCACUUGAUUAUUUGAAAAGACGGCAGGUGAAACUGGUGAACAUUAGGAAUGACGACAUAACAGAUGGAAAUCCCAAAUUGACUUUGGGAUUAAUAUGGACCAUAAUUUUGCACUUUCAGUCAAGACAGGUCACAGAUAAAACCAUUCAUAAAGCCAUGCAUGGACAGCAACAAUGUGUUACUAGAAAUAUGAGAAACCUCUGUGCACUGGUUGUAGUCCAGAAACCACCAGAUGGAAAACGAUUAGAAUCAGGUCUGCAGUUCCAGAAUGAAGCUGAAAUUGCAGGCUAUCUACUUGAAUGUGAGAAUUUACUUCGACAACAAGUCAUAGAUGCGCAGAUUCUUAUUGAUGGAAAAUAUUAUCAGGCAGAUCAACUGGUCCAGAGGGUUGCAAAGCUACGAGAUGACCUCAUGGCCUUAAGAGCAGAGUGUUCCUCAGUCUACAGCAAGGGGAGAACACUGACAACAGAACAAACCAAGAUGAUGAUAUCAGGAAUAACACAAAGCUUAAACUCAGGAUUUCCAAACUUAAGCCCUAGUUUAAACUCUGGACUGAACCAGGGUUUGUCACCCUCCUUGACUUCAUCCAGUCUAACAUCAGGUUUAUCAUCAGGUCUUUCUUCAAGACUGACUCCAGCCAUCACCCCAGCAUACACCCCAGGUUUCCCACCACGGUUAAUUCAAAGCUACAUUACUGGAGUUGACACUGGUGGACUGCAAACAUUGAAACUGAUGCAGAUCCGAAAACCCCUGAUGAAAUCAGCAUUUAUUGAUCAGAACUUAACAGAAGAGGAAGUCAACAUGAAAUUUGUCCAGGAUCUCUUAAGAUGGGUUGAUGAAAUGCAGGUGCAACUUGAUCGAGCUGAAUGGGGCUCGGAUUUGCCAAGUGUUGAAAGCCAUGUAGAAAAUCACAAGAAUGUCCACAAAGCAAUUGAAGAAUUUGACUCAAGCCUUAAAGAAGCAAAAAUCAGUGAGAUGCAAAUGACUGCUCCCCUUAAACUCAGCUAUGCAGAAAAAUUGCACAAACUGGAAAGCCAAUAUGCAAAACUUUUGAAUACAUCAAGAAAUCAGGAAAGACACCUUGACACCCUUCACAAUUUUGUAUCACGUGCUACCAGGGAACUCAUAUGGUUGAAUGAAAAAGAGGAGGAGGAGGUUGCAUAUGACUGGAGUGAAAGAAACACAAACAUAGCAAGGAAAAAGGAAUACCAUGCAGAACUGAUGAGAGAACUUGAUCGGAAAGAAGAUGUUAUUAAAUCAGUUCAGGAAAUAGCAGAACAAUUGCUUUUUGAAAACCACCCUGCCAGAUUAACAAUUGAGGCCUAUCGAGCUGCAAUGCAAACCCAGUGGAGCUGGAUUUUACAGCUUUGUCAAUGUGUUGAACAGCAUCUAAGAGAAAACACUGCAUAUUUUGAGUUUUUCAAUGAUGCCAAAGAGGCUGCAGAUUACUUGAAGAAUUUAAGAGAUGCUGUACAUCGAAAAUACAGUUGUGACAGGUCCAGCAGUAUUCAUAAACUGGAAGAUCUAAUCCAAGAGUCCAUGGAAGAGAAAGAACAACUCCUGCAGUACAAGAGUGCAGUGGCAGGCCUUGUUGGGAGAGCAAAGGCAGUAGUUCAGCUGAAGCCAAGGAAUCCAGAUAAUCCACUCAAAACAUCCAUCCCCAUUAAAGCCAUCUGUGACUACAGACAAAUUGAGAUAACCAUUUACAAAGAUGAUGAAUGUGUGCUGGCAAGUAAUUCUCAUCGUGCAAAAUGGAAAGUGAUUAGUCCAAGUGGUAAUGAGGCUAUGGUUCCCUCCGUAUGUUUCACUGUUCCUCCACCCAAUAAAGAAGCAAUAGACACUGCAAGCAGAAUUGAACAGCAAUAUCAGAAUGUCCUAGCUCUGUGGCAUGAAUCGCAUGUAAACAUGAAAAGUGUGGUCUCCUGGCACUACUUGACAAAUGAAAUUGAAACAGUUCGAGCUAGUAAUGUUGCUUCGAUAAAGACACUACUGCCAGGUGAACAUCAGCAGGUUUUAAGCAACUUGCAGUCCCGCUUUGAUGAUUUCCUGGAAGACAGUCAAGAGUCUAAAAUCUUUACAGUUGCUGACAUUGCACAGCUAGAAAGGGAGGUGAAUGUUUGCAAGCAGUACUACCAAGAGCUCCUUAAGUCUGCAGAGAGAGAGGAGCAUGAGGAAUCAGUUUUCAACCUAUAUAUCUCAGAAGUUCGAAACAUCAGACUGCGUUUGGAGAACUGUGAAGAUCGUUUGAUAAGGCAGAUUCGAACCCCACUAGAGAGAGAUGAUCUGCAUGAAAGUGUGUUUCGGAUCUCUGAACAAGAGAAGCUGAAGAAGGAGCUAGAUCGACUCAAAGAGGACUUGGAAACAAUCACGGAUAAAUGUGAUGAUUUUUUUAAUCAAGCUGCUGGUUCACCCUCUGUCCCUACUCUGAGGUCAGAGCUUAACCUUGUGAUUCAAAAUAUGAACCAGGUUUACUCCAUGUCUUCCAUUUACAUAGAAAAGUUAAAAACUGUAAAUUUGGUUCUCAAAAACACUCAAGGAGCUGAAGCCCUAGUGAAAUUGUAUGAGACUAAACUGUGUGAAGAAGAUCCAUUAACUGCUGACAAGAGUAAUAUAGAGACCCUGAUGUCUACAUUAAAGCAAUGGAGAUCAGAAGUUGAUGAAAAAAGAGAAGUGUUCCAUGCUCUAGAAGAUGAACUCCAGAAAGCCAAAGCAGUUAGUGAUCAGAUGUUUAAAACACACAAGGAACGGGAUCUUGACUUUGACUGGCACAAAGAGAAAGCAGAUCAGCUGACGGAGAGGUGGCAAAAUGUUCAUUCACAGAUUGAAAACAGAUUGCGUGAUUUGGAGGGUAUAAAUAAAUCACUAAAGUACUACAGGGAUACUUACAGUGCAUUGGAUAAUUGGAUUAAACAAGUUGAAGAAACACAGCAAAAGUUCCAGGAAAACCCACCUCAGAACAGCAAAGCUCUGGCUAAACAGCUAAACCAGCAGAAGAUGCUAGUAUCUGAAAUAGAGAUGAAGCAGAACAAACUAGAUGAAUGUCAGAAAUACUCAGAGCAGUACUCUGCUGCAGUAAAGGACUAUGAAUUACAGACAAUGACAUAUAGAGCCAUGGUGGACUCUCAGCAAAAAUCUCCUGUGAAACGCCGAAGAAUGCAGAGUUCCUCUGAUUUUAUUAUUCAAGAGUUUAUGGAUUUACGAACCCGCUAUACAGCUUUGAUAACCCUGAUGACUCAGUAUAUAAAGUUUGCAGGUGACUCUCUGAAAAGGUUGGAGGAGGAAGAGAAGUCAGUGGAAGAGGAAAAGAAGGAACAUGUUGAAAAAGCUGGGGAUUUACUGAAAUGGGUAUCAAACGUCACCAAGAGUCUCAGCGAAGGUGGUGGAGAAAGGCCUGAAAAAGCAGAUUUUCCUAAGAAGCAGGUAUCUGCUGAUGAGCUGUCAGUGAAAAAAGAACAGAUAUCAGAAGCUUUACAAACAGCACAGUCAUUUUUAGCAAAACAUGGCGAUAAAAUGACAGAGGAGGAGAAAAGUGAAAUGGAAAACCAUGUGAAGUCCCUGCAAGAAGGUUAUAAACUGUUAUCCAAUGAAGAUUUGAAACAGUUGCAAGAGGAACAAAAUGUAGAUGAUGAAAGAAUGGAUGAAAAGGAUUUAGAGGAACAGCACCAAGAAUUUAAAGAAAAAUUGCAGGAUAUAUGUGAUCUUCUCACACAAACAGAAAACCAGCUCAUUGGCCACCAAGAAGCCCUUGUUAUUGAAGAUAGCAAGGUUGAGUUGCAGCAAUAUCAAACCAAACAAGAGGAGUUACAGAAAAAUAUGCAAGCAAAUACACAGGCAUUGGCUGAAAUUGUGAAAAAUACAGAGAUGUUCUUAAAAGAAAAUGGAGAAAAGCUGCUUCAAGAAGAUAAGAUCUCUCUUGAAAAGAAGCUGAAUGAAGCAAAGACCAAGUGUCUUCUCCUUAGCCAGAAGGCAGAAGAAUCCAGAAAAGAGCUGGAUAAAGCUAUGACAACAGCUAUAAAGCAGGAAACAGAGAAGGUGGCAGCCAGAGAACAAUUGGAAGAGAAUAAAAAUACAAUAGAAAAUCUUCUGGAUUGGUUAUCAAAUGUAGAAAAAGAUGCUGAAUAUGGGAAGAAGAAAUGCAAGCCAGAAAUCAGGCAGAAUGGUACCCAUUUUCAGGAAGAGGAUGUGGAGGGUUUGGUGGGAGAAGAAGAUGAAGUCAAUGGUAACUUGCUAGAAAUUGAACAGGAAAAUGAAACCCAGGUAGAUGGGCAGCUGAAACUCUCGGAAGAUAAUCUCAACAUGCAGUAUCAGAAAGCUAAGGCUCAACAUGAAAAAAUUAUUUCACAGCAACAAGCUGUUAUUAUAGCAACGCAGUCAGCCCAGGCACUGCUUGAGAAACAAGGGCAUCAUCUUUCACCAGAGGAAAAAGAAAAGAUUCAAAGGAACAUGAAGGAACUGAAGGUGCAGUAUGAUACUGCUUUAGCUGAGUCGGAGCAGAAGCUGAAGUUAACACGUUCACUGCAGGAGGAACUUGAGAAAUUUGAUGCAGACUGUGGUGAAUUUGAAAGCUGGCUCCAGCAGGCAGAGCAGGAACUUGUACACCUAGAGACAGGUUCAUCUGACUUUAGUGGGAUUAUGGCCAAACUAAAAAGGCAGAAAAGUUUUUCUGAAGAUGUCAUUUCUCACAAAGGGGACUUAAGGUAUAUCACAAUUUCUGGACAAAGGGUACUGGAUGCUGCCAAGUCAUGUAACGAAAAAAGAGAAGGUGUUAAAUAUGAUAAAGAAGGUGUUGAUACUUCAUCAACAUUCAUAGAGGUACAGAAUAAGUUGGACAGUGCAACUGGUCGCUUCAAAUCUCUCUACUCUAAGUGCAGUAUUCUUGGAAAUAACCUCAAAGACCUGGUAGAUAAAUAUCAGAAUUACGAGGAUGCCUCCUCUGGACUUCUGUCAGGACUCCAGGAUUCUGAGGAAGCUGUGAAUAAACAUCUAUCAGAAGCUGUUGCUGCAGAUCCAAAAAAUCUCCAGAGGCAACUAGAAGAAACCAAGGUGCUUCAAGGACAAGUAUCUGGUCACCAAGUUGCUGUAGAGAAACUGAAAAAAACAGCAGACGUGCUUUUCGACACAAGGGGAGAAUUACUGCCAGAUAAAGAUGAAAUCCGAAAUACACUGGAUACUAUUGUGGAUAAGUAUAAUCAGUUAUCCAAAGCAGUGAAUGAUCGUAAUGAGAAACUCCAAAUCACUCUGACACGUUCAUUAAGCGUUCAGGAUGGAUUGGAUGAAAUGCUUGAUUGGAUGAAUGCUGUUGAGAAGAGUCUUGAGGAGCAAGGUCAAGUGCCUUUGAAUUCUGCUGCUCUUCAAGAUGUCAUCAGUAAAAGUACGGCAUUAGAACAAGACAUUCUAGGUCGUCAAAGCCGCCUAAAUGCCAUGAAAGAAAAAAUGAAGAAAUUUAUGGAAACAGCAGAUCCAUCCACUGCAUCCUCUUUACAAGCUAAAAUGAAUGAACUUUCUGUACGUUUUGGUGAAGCAAAUAAGAAACACAAAGAAAAACUUGGAAAGAUGGAAGGACUGAAGAGUAAAGUAGAACUAUUUGAAUGCCUUUCUGAUAAACUUCAGUCAUUUUUGGAUAAGAAAACUCACGCACUAAGUGAGGCCGAUAUUCCAGGAAAGGAUGUUACUGAAAUGUCCCAAUAUGUUCAGGAAACCAACACUGAAUUGACAGAGCAGAAAAGAGAUCUUGAAGUUUUGCAACACCUCAUUGAAGAACUUUCUCCUCAUGCGCUUCCUGGGGACAAAUCUUUAGUGUUAGAAAAAGUAAAUGCCCUGUCAAAGAAAUUUAGGGAAGUGGAAGAAACCAUACGAGAAAAAGAAGAGGAUGUGUCCUCUUGCCAACAGCAGAUGGAUGCAUUUAACCUUCAUGUAGAAACUUUAAAGAAAUGGAUAGAUGAGAUGAUCAAAAAAGUUCCAGACACUGAACCUUCUUUGAAUACUGAUACUUUAAAGAAGCACUUGCAAAUCACCAAGAAUUUGGAAGAGGAAUGGAGUUCAAAGGCACCUGAUAUUCAGAAAAUGAUUAGCAGAGGAACAGUGUUAUGCAACCUAAUCAGUGCUGUGACUUCCCCUGCAAAGUCAAGGGGAAUAAAACCAGCUGGAAGUGGCAUGGUAUUAAAUGGUGAAGGAGCAGCUACAGGUACUCAAGAUUUCCUGUCAAACAAAGAACUUACCACUGUCCAACACAGCAUGUCAAACGUAAACAAUAGCUACGAUGAUUUGGGAACAAUGCUGAAGAAAAAAAGAUCAGAACUGGAAUCCAUGCUUUCAAAUAUGCAAAACAUUGAAGAAGAAUCAAACUCCAUGAUGGACUGGUUACAGAGAAUGGAUGCUGCAGCAGCCAAAUGGGAAACAGCUCUCCUUGACACUGAGGCAGUUAAAGAACAAGUGGAUCAACAUAAGCUGUUUGAAACAGAAUUGAAGCAGAACAAGAAUAAAGUGCAAGAGCUGAAGGACAGAGUCACAGAGUUAUUGGAGAAGAACCCAGACUCUUCUGAGGCACCAAAAUGGAAACAGAUGUUGGAUAAAAUAGAUUCCAAAUGGAAAGAACUUAGCGAGGUAGCAGCUGAGAGACAGAAAAAAUUGGAAGAAUCAUCAAGUUACCUGACCCAGUUCCAGACAACUGAGGCCCAAUUGAAACAAUGGCUGGCGGAAAAAGAAUUAAUGGUCAGUGUACUUGGACCAUUGUCAAUUGAUCCAAACAUGUUGAAAACUCAGAAACAGCAAGUUCAGAUUCUGCUCAAAGAGUUUGACACACGAAAGCCCCAGUAUGAACAGCUAAGUACAGCUGGACAAGGGAUACUGAAAAGACCAGGGGAACACCCACCUUCUCAUGAAACAGUGAAACAGCAAUUGGCUACUGUGUCACAGAAGUGGGAUGGCUUAACUGGACAGCUGAGUGACCGAUGCAGCCGAAUUGACCAAGCCAUUGUCAAAAGUACAGAGUACCAAAACUGUCUGAGAAGCCUCUCUGAGAAACUUAGUGCACUGGAAAACAAACUGAGCCAAAGUUUGGCUACAAUUACAGAUCCUGAUGCUGUGAAACAGCACCUGGAACUGGCCAGAGAAGUAAAAGAAGAAAUAGAAAAGGAAAGGCUGAACAUCAGUGCUGCUGAGAGUCUGUGCAAGGAAUUGUCAGAGUUGGUGGCAGAAGACUAUUUGAAAGCAGAACUUGCCCGACAGUUAGAUGGUGUUUCAAAACCUUUUAAGGAUAUGGAACAAAAAGCAGGGAAUCACAUCGAGCAACUUCAGUCAACCUAUGUUAGUUCUCAUCAGUUCCAGAAAAUGUCUAAGGACUUUCAGGCCUGGCUGGACAAACAGAAAGAAGAACAGAAUCAAUCUCGUCCUAUCUCUACCAGGCUGGAGUCUCUGUGGUCAUUAAUUGAUGACCAUAAAGAGUUCAAGGCAAAGUUGUCUGAUCAGGCUGGUUCUUAUGAGAAAAUAAUUGCUGAGGGAGAAAAUCUGCUCCUGAAAACUCAAGGAGCAGAGAAGGCAGAAUUGCAGUCUCAACUGAACCUGCUUAAAAGUAACUGGGAAGAAAUGAACAAACAAGUUAAAGAAAGACAAGAUAAGUUGAAUGACUGUGUGGGAAAAGCCCUCAAAUACAAAGAGCAUGUGGAGAACCUGCAACCUUGGAUAGCAAAGUGUGAGAGCAACCUGUCUGAAAUCAAGAUGGGGAUUGAUCCUGUGGAGCUAGAAAAUUCCAUCACUCAGGUAAAGACUUGGCAGAAGGAUUUGGACAAACACCAAGCAAUAGUGGAGCUCUUAUGUAAUGCAGCAGAGACUUUCCUCAGUGCCUGUGAGACAGAUAAAGAUGGUGUUGAAGAAGAGAAGACAGAACUGAUUCAGAAAAUGGAUACGGUCACAGAACAAUUGCAAGUGAAAAGAGAUGGAUUGGAAAAGAUGUCUCAGAGACUAAAAGAAUUUCAAGAAUCAUCCAGAGACAUUAAAGAGCAGCUGAAGAAUGCCAGGGAACAGCUGGAAGUGCAUGAGUCUCUCAAACCCCAAGCAUUCAGCAUCAAACACUUGACAGUUAUGCAGACUCAGCAGAAAGCACUCCAGGUUGUUAAGAAUCAAGUAGACCUGACAAAAAAGCUUGCCCAAGAACUUGUGGUAGAUGCUGUGGAUUCAUCAGGUGUCUCUGACCUCUUGUUGCAAGCAGAAGUAUUAGAACAGGAAUAUAGCAACAUCAAUGAGCAAGUUGAACAGAAGUGUUCCUUCCUGGAGACUAAACUCCAAGGAAUUGGACAUUUCCAAAAUGCAAUAAGAGAGAUGUUUUCCCAAUUUGCAGAAUUUGAUGAUGAGUUGGACAGUAUGGCAUCUGUGGGCAGGGAUCUUGUUACACUGCAGUCACAACAGAACGAUAUCAAGGUUUUCCUGAAAAAAUUGGAGGAACUCAUCACUGGCAAUGAAAAUGCAAACAAGGCAUGUAAAGUGAUGUUAGUGAGUGAAGCAGAAGCAUCUCCUGAUCUUGCAGGUAUAAAAAGGGACUUGGAAGCUUUAAAUAAGCAAUGCAACAAGUUGCUUGACAGAGCAAGAACCAGAGAGGAGCAAAUUGAAGGAACUCUUAACCGUAUGGAAGAAUUCUACAACAAACUACAGGGAUUUUCCAAGCUCCUUGAAGAAGCUGAAGAACACGAGGAGUCGCAAGGUCCUGUUGGAAUGGAAACAGAGACCAUUAAUCAACAGCUGGAUACAUUUAAGGUAUUUGAGAAAGAAGAGAUUGAACCACUGCAGGUUAAGCAACAGGAGGUAAAUUGGUUGGGCCAAGGCCUUAUUCAGAGUGCUGCUAAAAACACAAGUACUGAUAACCUUGAACAUGAUCUUGAGGAUGUUAAUACAAGAUGGAAAACACUCAACAAGAAGGUUGCUCAAAGAGCAGCUCAGUUACAAGAAGCCCUGCUGCACUGUGGAAGGUUUCAGGAUGCUGUUGAAUCUAUACUUAGCUGGCUCAUUGAUACAGAAGACCUUGUAGCUAAUCAGAAGCCACCAUCAGCUGAGUUUAAGGUUGUGAAGGCUCAAAUACAAGAGCAAAAACUUCUCCAGAGGUUGCUGGACGACCGCAAACCCACUGUUGAACUGAUCAAGCGUGAAGGGGAGAAGAUCGCAGAGUCAGCAGAACCUGCUGAUAAAGAAAAGAUCUUGAAACAGCUGAGCCUCCUGGAUAGCAGAUGGGAUGCACUGCUCGAUAAAGCAGAAAGGAGGAAUCGCCAGUUGGAAGGUAUCUCAGCAGUAGCCCAGCAGUUCCAUGAAACUUUAGAACCACUGGUUGAAUGGAUAACAACCACUGAAAAGCGGCUUUCAAACUCAGAACCCAUUGGUACACAGGCUUCCAAACUGCAACAACAAAUUUCUCAGCACAAAGCCUUAGAGGAAGACAUCGCCAUUCACAAUAAAAAUUUACAGCAAGCCAUUAAUAUUGGUCAGGCUUUAAAGUCCUUGAGCUCCAGGGAAGAGGAAGAAAUGGUGCAGGAAAAACUAGAUUCUUCAAUGGCCCGAUACACCGAGAUUCAAGAUAAAUCUAGCAGUAGGGCUGAGCUUCUGCAGCAAGCCUAUUGCAAUGCUCAGAUUUUUGGAGAGGAUGAAGUCGAAUUGAUGAAUUGGCUGAAUGAAGUUCACGAGAGACUGAGCAAACUGGCAGUCCAAGACUACAAUACUGACUUAUUAGUGAAACAACACUCUGAAAUGCUGGUUCUUCAGGAGGAGAUUCUGCUCAGAAAGCAAAAUGUGGAUCAAGCUAUACAAAAUGGUUUGGAGCUUCUCAAACAAACAACAGGCGAUGAAGUUAUCAUUAUUCAAGAUAAAUUGGAAGGCAUUAAAGCAAGAUACAAGGAUAUCACUAAGCUCAGUUCUGAUGUGUCCAAGACUCUAGAACAGGCUCUGAAGCUUUCAGGUCAGCUACAAUGUACUCAUGAGGAACUCUGCACUUGGCUUGACAGAGUUGAAGUGGAAUUGUUGUCAUAUGAUUCUCAGGUCCCCAAAGGCAAAGAAUUAAAUAAGGCACAAGAAAGACAAAAGGAACUGAAAAAAGAAGCAAAGGACAACAAAACCUUAUUGGAUAACCUCAAUGAAGUCAGUAAUGCUUUGCUGGAACUGGUGCCAUGGAGAGCAAGGGAAGGGAUAGACAGAAUGGUUACAGAAGACAAUGAACGGUAUAGGACAGUGAGUGAGAAUAUAUCUCAGAAAGUGGAAGAAACUGAUGCUGUCAUUUUAAGAUCACAGCAGUUUGAUCAAGCAACAGAUAGUGAAUUAUCCUGGGUUGAUGAAACAGAAAAGAAACUGAUGUCUCUGGAUGAUAUUAGGCUUGAACGUGAGCAGACCACUGCUCAGCUACAAGUUCAAAAGGCAUUUACCAUGGAGAUUUUGAAGCACAAAGACACAAUAGAAGAACUUGUUGCAUCUGGAGAUGAGAUUAUGAAGACCUGUACAGAAGAGGAGAAACAAAUAAUGAAGAAGAAACUGGAAAGCCUCAUGCAGAAGUAUGAUAUGCUCUGCCAGAUGAACUCUAAGAGGAACCUGCAGCUAGAACGGGCUCAGUCUCUAGUUAGCCAGUUCUGGGAAACUUAUGAAGAGAUUUGGCCAUGGUUAACUGAAACAAGAAUGGUCAUCUCACAGCUUCCAGCACCAGCUCUUGAGUAUGAAACUCUAAAGCAACAGCAAGAAGAACACCGGCAACUACGAGAGUUGAUUGCUGAGCACAAGCCUCACAUAGAUAAGAUGAACAAAACUGGACCUCAGCUUCUGGAACUGAGCCCACGGGAAGGUUUUUCAAUCCAAGAGAAAUAUGUAGCAGCUGAUGCCCUUUACAGCGAGAUUAAAGAAGAUGUCAAAAAGCGAGCACAGACACUGGAUGAAGCCAUUUCACAGUCUACCCAGUUCCAUGACAAGAUAGAUUCAACCACCGAGAGCCUGGACCGCAUCGUUGAACGUCUGAGGCAGCCACCUUCAAUCUCAGCAGAGGUUGAGAAGAUUAAAGAACAGAUCAGUGAAAAUAAGAAUGUGUCUGUAGACCUAGAAAAACUUCAGCCUGUGUAUGAAACACUCAAACAGCGUGGAGAGGAAAUGAUUGCACGUUCAGAAGGAGCUGAUAAGGAUAUUUCUGCUAAAGUGGUUCAAGAUAAACUGGAUCAAAUGGUCUUUGUCUGGGAAGACAUCCAUACCCUAGCUGAGGAAAGGGAAGCCAAACUGCUUGAUGCCAUGGAAUUAGCAGAGAAGUUCUGGUGUGAUCACAUGGCACUUGUAGCGACUAUUAAAGACACUCAGGAUUUUAUCAGAGAACUAGAAGGAGCUGGGAUUGAUCCUUCAGUGGUUAAACAACAGCAGGAAGCAGCAGAGACUAUCAAAGAAGAGAUAGAUGGAUUACAAGAAGAACUAGAUGCAGUUGUGAACCUUGGCUCUGAACUCAUAACAGCAUGUGGAGAACCUGACAAACCCUUAGUCAACAAGAGCAUAGAUGAGCUAAAUUCUGCUUGGGAUGCUUUAAAUAAAUCAUGGAAGGAACGUGUUGACAAGCUUGAGGAAGCCAUGCAAGCUGCUGUUCAAUAUCAAGAUGGGUUACAGGCAAUAUUUGACUGGGUGGAUAUUGCAGGCAGUAAAUUGGCUUCAAUGUCACCUGUUGGAACAGAUCUAGAAACAGUAAAACAACAAACAGAAGAACUGAAGCAAUUUAAGAAAGAAGCCUAUCAGCAACAGAUAGAAAUGGAACGACUGAAUCACCAGGCCGAGCUGUUACUGAAGAAGGUGACCGAGGAAAGUGAUAAGCAUACAGUACAAGAUCCUUUGUCUGAACUCAAGCUUUUGUGGGAAAGUCUGGAGGAUAAAAUCGUUAGCCGCCAGCACAAGCUGGAAGGUGCUUUGUUAGCUUUGGGGCAAUUCCAGCACGCCCUGGAUGAGUUGCUGACAUGGCUGACGCAUACAGAAGACCUGUUGAAUGAUCAAAAACCUGUGGGUGGUGACCCCAAGGCUAUUGAAAUAGAACUGGCCAAGCAUCAUGUGCUACAAAACGAUGUCUUAGCUCACCAAUCUACAGUGGAAACUGUUAAGAAGGCAGGAAAUGAUCUGAUUCAAUCAAGUGCUGUUGAAGAAGCAAGCAAUCUGCAAAGCAAGCUGGAACUUCUGAAUCAACGAUGGCAAAAUAUCUUGGAAAAAACAGAAAAAAGGAAACAACAGCUGGACAGUGCUUUGCUCCAGGCUCAAGGUUUCCACGGUGAAGUUGAAGAUCUGCAACAAUGGCUGACAGAAACCGAACGUCAGCUUUUGGCAUCAAAGCCUGUUGGUGGUUUACCAGAGACUGCAAGAGAGCAGCUUAAUACCCAUAUGGAACUCUAUGCUGCCUUUGAAGCUAAGGAGGAAACAUACAAAUGUCUAAUGCAAAAGGGCUUACAGAUGCUUGCAAGCUGUCCAGAGUCUGUUGAAACAAAUGUUGAACAAGACAUAAAUAAUCUUAAAGAAAAAUGGGAAUCAGUAGAAACAAAGCUAAGUGAAAGAAAGGUCAAAUUGGAAGAAGCGCUCAGUUUGGCAAUGGAGUUCCACAAUUCACUGCAAGACUUCAUCAAUUGGCUUACUCAAGCUGAGCAAACCUUGACAGUGGCUUCUCGGCCAAGUCUAAUCUUGGAUACUGUCUUGUUUCAAAUUGAUGAACACAAGGUCUUUGCUAAUGAAGUGAAUGCCCAUCGUGACCAGAUUAUUGAGCUCGACAAAACUGGAACACAUUUGAAAUAUUUCAGCCAGAAACAGGAUGUUGUUCUCAUUAAAAAUCUGCUGAUCAGUGUCCAGAGUAGGUGGGAAAAAGUAGUUCAGCGGUUAGUGGAAAGAGGAAGAGCGUUGGAUGAUGCAAGAAAGCGUGCCAAGCAGUUCCAUGAAGCUUGGAACAAACUUACGGAGUGGCUAGAUGAAUCAGAAAAGACUUUGGAUGCAGAGCUUGAAAUUGCAAAUGAUCCAGACAAAAUUAAGAUGCAGCUCGCUCAGCAUAAGGAGUUCCAAAAAGCUCUUGGAGCCAAACAUUCUGUGUAUGAUACUACAAACAGAAGUGGACGUUCUUUAAAAGAAAAAACUACUCUUGCUGAUGACAAUCUGAAGCUGGAUGAUAUGCUGAGUGAACUUAGAGACAAAUGGGAUACAGUCUGUGGAAAAUCUGUAGAAAGACAAAACAAAUUGGAAGAAGCCCUGCUGUUUUCCGGACAAUUUACUGAUGCUCUUCAAGCUCUUAUAGAUUGGCUUUACAAAGUGGAACCGCAGCUGGCCGAAGAUCAGCCUGUGCACGGAGACAUUGAUUUAGUGAUGAAUUUAAUAGAUAAUCACAAAGGCUUCCAGAAGGAACUGGGGAAGAGAACAAGCAGUGUCCAGGCUCUGAAACGCUCUGCUCGUGAACUGAUAGAAGGCAGUCGUGAUGAUUCCUCCUGGGUAAAAGUCCAAAUGCAGGAGCUUGGCACUCGGUGGGAUACAGUGUGUGCACUGUCUGUCUCGAAACAAACACGAUUGGAACAAGCCCUCCACCAGGCUGAGGAAUUUCACUCUGUUGUCCAUGUAUUGCUGGAAUGGCUGGCUGAGGCUGAGCAGGCCCUUCGUUUCCAUGGUGUCCUACCAGAUGAUGAGGAGGCUCUGCGUGCAUUAAUAGAUCAGCAUAGGGAAUUCAUGAAGAAACUGGAAGAAAAAAAGGCUGAGCUAAAUAAAGCCACAGGUAUGGGAGAAACCAUCCUGGCUAUCUGCCACCCAGACUCCAUCACUACCAUUAAGCACUGGAUAACAAUAAUCCGAGCAAGGUUUGAAGAGGUAUUAGCAUGGGCAAAGCAACAUCAGCAGAGAUUGGCAGGAGCCUUGGCUGCACUUAUCGCUAAUCAGGAGUUGUUAGAAGCAUUAUUGUCCUGGCUGCAGUGGGCAGAGACAACUCUCACUGAAAAAGAUAAGGAGGCCAUUCCUCAGGAGAUUGAUGAUGUCAAAGCACUCAUAGCUGAGCAUCAGACAUUUAUGGAGGAAAUGACCAGAAAACAGCCUGAUGUGGAUAAGGUUACUAAGAUACAUAAAAGGAAAACAGCUGAAUGUGGUCCAAUCCAGUCUCAUAUUCCUGUGUUGGAUAAAGGGAGAGGAGGAAGAAAACGUUCUCCAACACCAAGCAUUUAUCCUUCAGGUGCACAGGCCCAGAUUGAAACCAAGAAUCCACGGGUAAAUCUCUUAGUCAGCAAAUGGCAGCAAGUCUGGCUUCUGGCCCUGGAGAGACGAAGGAAGCUUAAUGAUGCUUUAGACCGAUUAGAAGAGCUGAAAGAAUUUGCCAACUUUGAUUUUGAUAUUUGGCGGAAAAAGUAUAUGCGCUGGAUGAACCAUAAGAAAUCUCGAGUAAUGGACUUCUUUAGGAGGAUUGAUAAAGAUCAAGAUGGAAAGAUAACAAGACAGGAAUUUAUUGAUGGUAUUCUUUCUUCAAAAUUUCCUACUAGUCGAUUGGAAAUGAGUGCAGUAGCAGAUAUCUUUGACAGGGAUGGUGAUGGAUAUAUUGACUAUUAUGAAUUUGUAGCAGCACUUCAUCCAAACAAGGAUGCAUACAAGCCUCUGACGGAUGCAGAUAAAAUUGAAGAUGAGGUUACAAGGCAGGUAGCAAAAUGUAAAUGUGCAAAGCGAUUCCAGGUGGAACAGAUUGGUGACAACAAGUACAGGUUCUUCCUGGGAAAUCAGUUUGGUGACUCCCAGCAACUUCGUCUUGUCCGUAUUCUGCGGAGCACUGUAAUGGUUCGAGUUGGAGGUGGAUGGAUGGCACUAGAUGAGUUCUUAGUGAAAAAUGAUCCCUGCAGAGCAAAAGGCAGGACAAACAUGGAGCUUCGCGAAAAGUUCAUUUUGGCAGAUGGAGCUAGCCAAAGCAUGGCUGCCUUUCGACCAAGAGGACGCAGAUCACGACCAUCUUCAAGGGGUGCUUCACCUAACAGAUCCACCUCUGUGUCAAAUCCUCCUGCACAUGGAGCACCAGCACCAGCUGUUGCUGCCAGCACACCCAAGACACCCCAUCAUUUAACACGCAACUAUGGUAAACCAUGGUUGAUAAACAGCAAAACGUCAUCACCAUGUAAACCACCAGAGUGCUCUGAAUAUCAAGUCUCAUCCACAGAGGGAACUCCAAUACAGGGGAGUAAACUUAGAAUGCCAGGAUAUUUGUCAGGGAAGGGUUUCCAUUCUGGAGAAGACAGCGGCCUAAUUUCAACAGCAGCUACACGAGUCAGGACACAUUUUGCAGACACCAAAAAAACACCAAGCAGACCUGGAAGUCGAGCAGGAAGCAAGGCAGGUAGCAGAGCAAGCAGCCGCCGAGGCAGUGACGCAUCAGACUUUGACAUUUCAGAAAUUCAGUCUGUGUGCUCAGACGUGUCAGAGACUGUUCAUACCCCAAUCAGACCAACGCCACGGCCAAAUUCUCGGUCAGCGUCUGGCAAGCCUUCCAAAAUUCCAACUCCACAAAGAAGAUCACCUGCCAGCAAAGUAGAAAAGACCUCCAAGAGAUAAUCUGAUUGGCUCACCAGGUUUUCUCCCCCCGACCCUGCAUUAAAUAUUUAAGUUUGUAAGAUGUAAAAUAUCCUGUAGAAAUUAUUGUGAAAUAUUACAAGAGUUGGAUUUUUAAUUUUGCAGAUGGCCUUAUUUGUGUAUUUGUCUUGUUUAUUUUAUGUGUAUAAUUCUGUCAGUUUUUGUUCAUUUGUUUAUGCCAUAUCUUAUGUGAACAGAGAGGGUUUUUUUAAAUGUAAACUAACAGUUGUUUGCAGUAACAUGUAGAGAGAUCACUAAAAGCAGUUACUGAAUGUACAGUUAAGUCUUCGCGUCCUAAGUCAACACGGCCUGUCACUUCUUUAACAGUAAAGGAUACCUCAUAAUGUCUUAAUAAAAUUGAAAAAAGACACAAGGCUAAAUUAUACAUUUCUAGCUAGCAGAAUGGAGCCUGCAAGGAGUGUAGUAGGGACACUAAAGAACAGAAGACACAGUUCACAUUGCAGUUAAUCAAAUAAUCUUCCUGAGAAUUCAUUGAGAAAGCUAUUUAAUGAGCACUUGCCAGUACUCCAAUAUGUUGCAGCAUUAUCUGUGCCAUUGCUUUAAAAGAGGGCAGACACAAUCUGGAUACAGUAAUAGAAUUGUUACACUUGCAUCAGAUUGACAGUAUAAUCUGCAUUCAUGUCAAUGUGAGAUUUUCGUUUGCUUGAGUGGACAAUAGCACUAUAUCAUUGGACUCAUUUUAUAUCAAAGCAGUUCUGCUUGCAAAAAGAAAAGAAGAAACUCUAUGAAAUAAAUCUUGUCCCUUCUCUUUCUUGCUAUCGUAUUCCUUAUAUCCCAGGGAGAUACAUGUUUUGUGUCAUGUUUACAGUAUUAUGAAAUCUGAAAGUUCUAGACCAUUACUUUCAGAAUGAACUUCAUUGUAAUUUCUUUCCCCAUUCUCCACCACGUUUCAAGCAAUUACUGUAUUCCUUUAAUAAAACAACGUUUACAUAUCUGA